AGGCUUGGGCCAGGGUUUGAAGACGCUGAAGCGACAUCGGUAAGCAUUGCAAGCCCUCGCCUGCUAUGGAGAUGUCGGACCAAAGUUGAUCAUGUCCGAUGUAGCAAAAUCCUCAGAGACACUAUCCAAGGCGUUACAAGAGGUGACAUUCGACGUCUAGCUCGUCGAGGCGGUGUGAAGCGUAUUGCGGGUACCAUCUACGAAGAAACGAGAUCAGUCCUGAGAAAGAGGUUGACGGUCCUACUCGCCGACAUUUGUGCCGUCGUUGAGCUAUCUGGGCGAAAGACGGUCUGCGUGACCGACGUGGUGUUCGUGCUCAAUCGACAUGGAACGCCAGUCUAUGGAUUUGGACUUCCCGAACGAUAA